AAUUAGCUAGCAACUCCAACCACCUUUCCUUUUUCAAAUCUGUGAUGGUGAAAAUUUGUUUUUUCUUCUUCUAGUAAAAGACUCUAGCUUUCACUCCACAUCUAGAGAUAUAGAGCGAGAUAGAGCGCGCGCUGUUUCCAUUUGCUCUACACCUUCAUCUUCUUCAACAAAUCAACAAUUCUCUCGAUUUGAUCGAAGAUGGAUCAUUUAUCGCAAGAAAUGGCUCUCCACCAUUUCGGCGACGAUCAUUUACCGGAUAAUUCCUCUGUUCUCCGGGAUAUCCUCCCCGACGGUAAGCCGGCGACCGAGCACCACCACCACCGCCCCCCGAGCUGGCUGAACAGCGCUAAUCACUUCCCCGACGCCAAUUUCCUGAAUCUACAGACCUCAUCCUCGCCGGCCACCAGCAAUCAGUGGCUUUCCCGGUCAAUCCUGCAGCGGAAUAUGAGCGAGGUUUCCGGCGACUCGAUGCCGGCCGCGGCGGAGUAUAACAAUAAUAACAGCAGCAGAAGCGACGGAGAGGCGAACUGGCAACACAAGGCGGAGAUAUUGUCUCACCCGCUGUACGAGCAGCUCCUGUCGGCGCACGUGGCAUGCCUGCGCAUCGCGACGCCGGUGGAUCAGCUGCCGAGGAUCGACGCGCAGCUCGCGCAGUCGCAGCAAGUCUUCGACAAAUACUCCGCCGCCGGCCAUGGCGCCGAUGAUAAAGAGCUCGAUCAGUUCAUGACGCAUUAUGUGGUGCUGCUGUGUUCCUUCAAAGAGCAAUUGCAGCAGCAUGUGCGUGUUCAUGCGAUGGAGGCAGUUAUGGCGUGCUGGGAGAUCGAGCAGUCCUUGCAAAGCGUAACUGGGGUUUCGCCUGGAGAAGGGACAGGGGCGACCAUGUCUGAUGACGAAGAUGAUCAGGCUGAGAGUGAUGUAAACCUCUUUGAAGAUGGCAAUGGCAACACCGGCUUCGGCCCUUUGAUCCCAACAGAGACCGAAAGAUCACUCAUGGAGCGCGUGCGCCAAGAACUUAAGCAUGACCUCAAGAAUGGCUACAAGGACAAGAUUGUAGACAUUAGGGAGGAAAUCCUGCGCAAGAGACGCGCAGGAAAACUUCCUGGCGAUACAACCUCUGUGUUGAAAGCCUGGUGGCAAUCACAUUCUAAAUGGCCAUAUCCCACUGAAGAGGAUAAGGUGAAAUUGGUGGAGGAAACAGGUCUGCAGCUGAAGCAGAUAAAUAACUGGUUCAUCAAUCAAAGGAAGAGGAACUGGCACGCCAAUGGCAACGCGUCUUCUUCUUCCACUGCCUUGAAAUCCAAGCGAAAAAGGGUUUAAUAUGCGUGGCGCAAAGAGAUCGUUUUACUGCAACUUCAUUAUUUUUUACCCUUUGGAAUUGGGAGCUUGGUUUUCGAUAUGCCUCUUUCUGUUAAAAAUACCAGUGUUAUUCAUCUCAAUGGCAGAUGUCUGUAAAGUUGUAGCAAUGCAAACUAGUUGCUAUUUUUUGUAUAUUUUGUAUUGGUCCAUACCAAGUAGCAGGUGAGGCUAGAUUGCUCAGCAUGUCUAGUGUAAAAUGCAGCAGAUUAUUAAUUCAAUUGUGAUUAGUGUGGAUUGUGAUC